GUUUGUCAAAACAGGACAAAGAGCAGAAAGUCAUGAAAUCGUCAGCAAAGAAAUUUGAGCUGUAAACGUUUAUGAUGUGCACCUUGUGUGUCUUCCUAUAAGUAAUGUUUCCACUUACUUUCAUUUCUACACGCCAAGAUCUGUUCUGAGAAUACUGCUUGGUAAUAAGGGCCUUCCUCAGUUGCACUAGUGCAGUAACAAAGAAAGAUCGCUGGAGUCUGAAUUCAAUAAUGGAGAAACAAGUGGAUUUUGUGAAUAUUGGACUAGAUGCUAGACCAACAAUGCUGAAUGGUGGCAGCCAUGUUUGUUACAAGAUGGACUACCCUGAAAAGAGCCAUUGUUUAAUUCUUAACAUGGAGUACUUUGACAUCCACGGUUUUCAAAGACGUGAAGGCACCCAGAAAGAUAAAAACACCCUAAAAGAAACUUUUAACAAACUAGGAUUUCAAGUACGAAUCGAAGACAAUUUAACCUACAAAGAAAUAGGCACAGUUUUGCAGGAAGUUGCUGUUGAUGACCACAGUCACAGAGGUUGCUUUGUGUGUGCCAUACUGAGCCACGGUACUGAAGAUGGCAUUUUUGCGCGAGAUAAUAUUUUUACACUCAACUGGUUGGUUCGUUUUUUCAGCAAAAGUAAUUGCAAGAGCCUUGUUGGCAAACCAAAGCUAUUUUUUAUCCAGGCUUGCAGAGGCGACAAAUAUGAUUUUGGAACUGAAAUUGAUGGGACAUUAGACAGUGUCCAGAGUUUAGCUCCACACACUCUAAAAGAGGAAGAUAUGUUAUAUGCAUAUUCCACACCACCAGGUUAUUUUGCAUGGAGAAACAAUAUUAAAGGCUCCUGGUUUAUCCAAUCUCUGUGUAAGAUGUUACAAGACCAUGAAAACAAACUAGAAUUAAUGCAGAUUCUGACCCGUGUGAAUCGCAUGGUGGCAUUAGAAUAUGAGUCCAGGAUCGGUGGGAAGGAGAUCCCUUGCAUUGUCUCGAUGUUAACAAAAGAAUUGUAUCUAUGACCUCCUUAU